AUGGAAACUAAGCCAUUAGAAGCCCCACGUAUCCGCAAGAAGAGGAUUCCGGCCAAAUGCGAUGGCAAGAGGCCGUGCUCACGAUGCUGCGGCCUGAAGAAGAUCUGCACCUUUAUCGAUCCGCCCAAGCAAGCUCAUGAGCUUCGGAUAGAGGAGCUUCAGCAGCAGGUUGCGGCGCUCAAAGAUAGGCUUCAAGCAGAUGCAUUGGCACAAAGUAUCCCUCAAGCAGAGGCCGGCCACUCGCAUUCCGGCCAGUUAGGCGUUAACAAUACUCCUCUCCCACCGGCACAACUUAUCUCAACUCCAGCCGCGCACGUCAGCCCCGACGGUAUCGCCUCAGCAUGCUUCAUACGUCCAUCACACACACAAUCGUCCACAUCUGCGGUCCUUGCCAGAAAACACAGCAAGUCCAACUUUGAAUUUGGACCCGUGACAUUGCCUGAUUGCCUAGAUGCUGGCCUGCUAAGUCUUGAGCAAGCCCAUCGAUACUUCUCCGUCUUCUUUCAAGGGUGUGACCAUUACGUCCCGGUGUUUGAUCCUCGUUAUGACUCAUUCCAGAGCAUUCGCUCGAGAAGCAGUCUCCUAUUUGGCGCCAUAUGUGCAGUUGGCUGCCGCGUCGUGGCCGGGACCGACGCCCAGCAAUGGCAUAUGCUCGAUUUCCAUGUCAAGAGAAUGCUGAAUUGCGCGCUGGCUAGUCCGUCUACGGGAUCACUCGAGACUAUUCAGGCACUUAUAGUCCGCUCGUGCUACGCAUCAGAGAGAUCUCUCCUUGUCGCAGCCGCAACACGCAUGGCUAUCGAUUUAAACUUUGCCAGUUCUUACGACGAGAUGGUCAAUCGGUCUGUGGCUCCGACUGCACGAGUAGUACCUCCAGCAAACGUUGAUCCAGAUACAAUCAUCCUGAUGCGAAGAGUGAGGACGUGGCUUCAUCUCUUUGUUCUCGGGCACAUAUUGCAUGUCGAUGCUGCUGACCUACCUACCUUUAAAUUUGUGGGAGAUUCCCGGAGAUGCCGUAUCAUAUUGAAGAAUCCGGCUGCAACUGAACUCGAUCUGUUCCUGUUCUCUCAAGUCGAGCUCAAUGUGGUUCGUGGCAGGAUAUACGACUCGCUGUCUGGCCAUAUGGGAAUCAGCGAUGAAGACACAAUGAUGGACGUAGUUCGCGAGGCGAGAAUUGACAUUGGUCUAUGGUUCGACGAUUGGGAGCACAUCUUCGAGAAACACAGCGCUCAAGCUCCAUGGCUGAGCGUUAACCUGCGCGUGCAAAGGUGCUGGGCAGAAAACAUGGCUUUGUGUCGAGUCGUGCGGGCGACUGGUGUCGAGAAUGUGGAUUUGAUGUCGCCCGCUCAAAGGUCAGUUGUCGCCAUGGCGAAAGAUGCCUUGGAGGAGCAUCUGGAUAUCAUGAUCGAAGAGCCGAGGCUGUAUAUACGCAACCUGCGCUUCGCAAUGGACUUUGUCUGGGCAAAAUGCGCAUUUUGCUAUGUACUGCUGCUCAAACUCUCUAUUCUGUUGCCGGAGAGCAAGGGGCGCACCAGCAGAGAGCUUGUGGAACAUGGUAAUAUCCUCCUGGCUGAGCUGAGUGAAGCCAGCGGAGGGAACAAUAACGGGAGCCGGAGCAACACUGGAAAACAGUAUCUUCAGUUGCUACAAGCUGGAAUCGAGAAGUUUAGCAGUGUCACCCACGAAGCCAACGAAGUAGUUUCGAGCACAACAAAUGGCGGCAGUUUUGCAUCUGUUCGGCGGACACCUGGUUUCUGGAUACAGAGUCGAAUGGAGCUGGACUCUUUUGUUCCGGAACAAUUCGCCUUCGAAUGGGAUUUCCCUGGACUGACGCUGUUCUCCUCAUCGGCGACUGGGGCUGCGUGGCUUGAUGAUAUCAUUGCAGAGGCACUCAACGGGGGUGAAGAUUCAUUUAUUUGGCUACCAGCGGCCAAUGGCAGUUGA